CCCCCAUUACCGUAUCCCUCAUGGCACAUUUUGUCAUCUCCACUUCCCCCAUUGACCGACGCCCCACGUUAGCCGCGGAGGAUUUGUCUUCCCCCACCCCCGUCGUCGUCUCCGUCUCCGUCUCCGUCCCCUUCGAAACUUCAACUCGUUUUACAGAGGAGCAAACCGCGUAUCGUCAUCGGUGACGUCACUCUCCGCCAAUCAAGUCGUAAUCUUCUUAACCCCCCUUUCAAUUUCCCCCUUCCAUUUAAGUAAUUUCUCUCUCUAGCUGCUCCUAUUCUGUAGAGGGGGAAAAAAAAUCGAAGCUGUAGGGUUUUGAAAUUGGUGAGAAUUAGUCAAUUUUCUGGGGAAAAAAGUUGUUUCUUUUUCUUUGGAAAGUUAUGUUGCUCUGCUGAUUAUGCGCCGGCUGGAAUUUCGAACUUCGUGACGGUAUAUGAACUGAUUUGAUCUAGGGUUUGGCGGAGCCGAGACAAGGGUAUGCUUUUUCUGCUUCUUUCAAUUUUCCAAUUUUAGGGUUUUGCUUCUGGUGCUUUAGCUAAGCUUGAUUCGUACCGUUCGUUGAUAACUCUUCUAGAAUUUGUGUGAUUGAGAGGGGGGAAAUUCGGUUUUUUCGAUUCUCAAGCUGGUUAAAGUUGAAGGCUUUCGUGGAAAAUGGAUAAUAGGAAUAAGCAUAGUGAGCAAUUGGGUGUGAACAAGAUGGGGAAAAACAUAAGAAAGAGCCCCCUGCACGAACCCAAUUUCGUUUCGAACACGAAUAGGCAGCAGCAGCAGCAGCAGCAGCAGCAACAACAACCUCAGCCUCAGGUAUUCAAUAUCAACAAGAACGAUUUCCGCAACUUCGUUCAGCAGCUGACAGGCUCCCCAUCACACGAACCACUGCCUAGGCCUCCCCACAACCCUCCGAAACCUCCGAGCGUGCGGUUGCAGAGGAUUCGCCCUCCUCCUUUAUCUUCCAUGAACCGACCCCAAAUCCCCAUUCAUCAUCAUCAUCCAGCUCCACCACACCCUCCCCCUAUGUCCAUGCAACCGGUUCCUUAUGGUAAUGCCUUUGCUAGAUCACCUAAUCAGUUUGGUCAAUUGUCACCCACAAUGUUACCCUUAACACCUGGUGAUGGGUUUAGUUCACUUAAUUCGGGUUGGGGAAAUACAGCUGAGUCUCCUAUCUCUGCUUAUAUGCGUUACCUUCAAAACUCUAUUAUAGAUUCGGGACCAAGGCAAAUCCAACCUCAAACUCAACCUCAAUUUCAGCCACAACCUCAAUUUCAACAGCAGUCUCAUGUUUCUGGUCAAAUUCCAGAUAGGCCACAGACGUCUGCUGCUUUACUUCCUUACCCACUUGCGCCCUCUAUUCCAUCUCCCCGUAUGAAUGGUCCUCCCCCUCCUCUUUUACCUUCUCCAACUUCUCAGUUCCUUUUGCCAUCGCCUAGUGGUUACUUAAAUUUGUUGUCUCCGCGGUCGCCUUAUCCCUUGCUUUCCCCUGGGUAUCAUUUUCCUCCACAGCUGACACCAAAUUUUGCCUUUUCUCCCAUGGCUCAUCAUCAGUCAGGGAUUUUAGGUCCUGGGCCUCAGCCUCCAUUGUCUCCUGGAAUUGGGUUUCCGUCUCCAGGAUUUUUCCCUAUCUCAAGUCCAGGAUGGAGGGAUCCAUAGACUAGACAGCUGUAAACGGUUUGUGGCCCCCCUGCUUGGUUCUCGGUGAUGAUAUUCUUCGUGGUGACUAACUUCCUUCACAUUGAAGCUUUCACCUGUAGAAAGUCGGAUGUAUACUGGCUUUGGAAGAAGUACGUAGUUCCAUUUUCUUUCCUUUUAGUACUUUUUUGUCAAUACAAGUACGAAGACUCGUUUUAAAUGUUGAUUAUGUAACAGCUGCAGUUUGUUAUUUCCUUGGCGUUGGCGUAGUUUAACUUUAGGUUGUUUAGUGAUGGUCGGAGACUCAUCCAAAAUAUUUUGAGCUGUCGACAAUGUUAUAUCAUAAGGAGGUAGUAUAAUAGACUGCAAAUUUUAUUACUCUGCUUGAUGAGUACUUGUUUUCAUGUGAAUCAAAUUUUAAUUAGUUGGAACUCGAUCA